GAGUAAUAGAAUUUUUAUAACAUGAGUCGAAGAGAGAAUGAGCCGAAUGGCCACCUGAUUAGUGAGCCUUCUUCUCAACAAGAUAUCCUAAUUAAAGAUCACCUCCAAAACGUUGAGCCUGAACACGACGAAGAGCUCCCAGGACUAUCCUCCAAAGCAUAUGUUCACACUGGCAAGAACGAAGACAAUAUUGAACUCAAAGGAGUCAACACAGAACAUAGUAAGAAAGAAGCCGACCCUGAAGAAAGUCAUGAAAGAGACAUCGAAGAAAGUAUCUCCUUGAAGCAGACUAAACCUGAACCUCUCAGCAGUAAGAAGAAUGUAGGCAAAAGUUCCAAUGAAGGAGAUGCUAAGGAGAAGAAAAACCCCUUUGCUAAAUAAACUUACGUACAUUAAUGCAACUAAUCAGGACCUAAAGGAGCUUGGAUACAGUGACUGGAGGAUCUCCUUUGCUAGCUUCAUGAGAACCAAGCUUGUUGAUAUUAUGAUCAUUUCAUGCAUCAUACUCUAUUCCUUACUAGUAGUUGUCUUCUUAGCUAUUGACGACGAGAUAGAGGAUAACGAUGACUUGAAGCUCGGCCUACAAAUUUUAGAACUAGUGUUCCUCUUUGUAUUUUGCGUUGAAAUAUCUCUCAACUUUAUUGGAUUCGGAUGACUCUUCAUCAAAGAUUGGUGGAACAUCGGCGAUAUCACGGUUAUAAUCCUUGCUAUCAUCUUUGUGAUCCUCGAAAUGGUCAUAGACGAUGGUACCCUAAAUAGCGUACUUAGAAUCAGAGGUCUCUUCAGAUUACUUAGAGUUGGAAUUUUGAUCAGGAAGGUUGACUCCAUCAGACAGAAGAGCCAAGCGAGGAAGAGAAACCAAAUCAGAGAUAUUUACCAUGUCUCUUCUCCGGCUGAAAUAGUCAACGAAAUUCUCACAGAUAUUAGGAAUAUGGUCCAGAAUGAUGACAGAAUGAUAGAAGAUCUCAACUAUUGUAUCAAAAUGAUCUCAUCUGGGAAACUAUAUGAAAUAAAUCUCUUAGAUGGAGACUCUGUCACAGACGAAAAGCAAAGAGAAGCCCUUGCCUGGGUUAAAAACGCUACAGGGAAAUCUAAGGAUGACAAGAAAUAUGGGUCUGAGAACAAAAUCAUGAUCGAAAGCAAGCUUCUUAGCAUCAACAUUGACUCAAAACUAAACCUCACAAAAGAGUCCAAAGCUAUGCUAGACUCAGCUGAUACAAUUAGCGAUUUCAACAUUUUUGAUUUCAAAGAUGAAGUAAAGGAAAAUGAGCUACUAACACUAAGUUCCUUCCUCUUGAACAAGCAUAUGUUAUUCCAGAAUUGCAAGAUAGACCCUGACACCUACAUAAAGUUCAUCAGAAGGAUCCAGGACAACUAUAACCCAACUUGGAUAGAGUACCAUAAUAAGACACAUGGGGCUGAUGUCUGCCAGACCUCAUACUUCUUCUUGCAAGGCUGAGAUUUCAUGAAAAUUGGGAAAAUAAGCGACUACGAGCUAAUGUCCAUAAUAAUCAGUGCAAGUUGUCAUGACUUCGAACACCCUGGAGUCAACAAUGGGUACUUAAUAAACUCGAGAGCGAAGUGGGCACUAGAGUAUAAUGACAAAUCCCCGUUAGAGAAUCAUCAUAUAGCGUCUACCUUUAUGAUGAUCGAGCAUCCUGAUUACAAUCUCUUUACUAACUUCAGCUCUGAUGAUUACAAAAGUGUGAGGAAGGACAUGAUCGAAAUUGUGCUAGCUACCGAUGCAGCCCAUCACUUCAAUGAAGUAGGUAAAUUCAAAUCGAGAGUUAGCUGAGAUGACUUCUCCCCUGACGGAGAAGACAAAAUGAUGGUUAUAAAAAUGAUGGUCCACCUUGCUGACAUCUCAAACCCCUGUAAACCAUUUGACUUGGCCCUUACCUGGACUGGGCUCCUCUACGACGAGUUCUUCAAGCAAGGUGAUAGAGAAGAUUCUGAAGGCAGAACGAUUUCGUACUUGAUGGAUAGAAAUACAGUGAACAUAGCAGGCUCCUCCAUCGGGUUCUCUAAAGCUCUAGUCCAGCCAGCUUAUGAAGAACUAGUGAAAGUAAUCCCAAAAGCCCAGAUCUGAGUUGACUACCUCCACAAAAAUAUUAAACAAUGGGAAGAACUCCAAGAUGAAUUUGAAGGAAAGAAAGAGACAGGCCAGAACUACAUUUUAGAAUCCCGUGGAGUCAUCGCUGGUUGGGAAGGGAAAGACAACUUCCAAAGUUUAGAAGGAAUAGUCUAAGUAGCUGAUUAAUGACAAUCUCCACAAUU